AUGUGUGAUAGAGAACAGAGCGGAUAAGAUGCCCCUGUGCGUGCACUGACGGUUUAUUUCAUAGAAGAAAGUUCUUACAAUCGUGGAGAUAUUUUUUCUUCUGCUGUGCAUGCAGCUCCGAAUGAAUAAUCUGGUUAAAUAGAUCGUCCAAACUGGUCAUCUUACUCGUGUCCAAUUAAAGGCUGUUUGAACUUUACGCGUCUGCGGGUUUUGGCGAUUUGCGUCAUAGAUCUCGGGCGUUUUCCUUGCUGGGAAUUAAAAUCAGGAAACAACCCGAAAUAAUCCGAAAAGUUUGUUGUCAAAACACUGACUCAUUCGUCCAGGUAAUGUCCAAGAAUAGAAUAUUACUAAACUGAUUUUAAAUUUGGAACGACCACCGGGUAUAAAGGCGUUUUAUUGAGACGUGAUUCAGAAUGGCAGAAAGCGGUAUCACAGAUUUCACCGACAAGGAGGAAUUUUCUAAGAUGGAAACCGAGGAAAACCCGGCCUCAAGCUCUGAGGUAACCCAACCAGCAUGUACUGCCGUAGAGACGACCGAAUGUGAAGACCAGCACUUGUCAACGUUCUUAGAAAGGACGAAAUGUGACCGCAUGUAUGAACUGCGACAGAUUCAGUACGGAGAGAGGCCCGUGACAAGUACCGGGCAUAUAAAUGCCAUUGACAAUUUUUUUGCCAAGCAUGUACAAGCUCAUGAAGCAAAACUAGAGUCCGGAAAGGAGAAUGUUCCAGUCAACGUGGAAAAUGUGGACGAAAUUCGCCCCGAGACAGUGGUGGUCGAGAUUCAGGGCUUGGUGGAGCAGCAGAGAGUGUCGAAUGUUUUGGGUACGGCGUUCAGAAGGCGACUAGAGAACAUCAUACGUGGCACACUGACAACUGUGUCCAGAGGUCCAAGAGCUUCACCUCAACCCACUGCGUCUCACAGCCACACCCCACAAACAUCGCCUCACAGCCACACCCCUCAAGCAUCACCUCACAGCACAAAUGCUGCAACACCCAACAUGUCUCGAGAUGGAACUCCAUCUGUUGUGCUACCUCCAAACAGUCUAUCUCGAGAUGGUACACCAGUGGAACGAGAUCUACAGCACAGCGUGAGAGAAGUCCAUCAACUUCAGAGCGAGGUAGAACGUAGCAGAAGCAACAGCAUCAUAAGUUCCAGAAGCGCUUCAUCCACAAACACAAAUGAGAAUAUCAAUCCUCCACAACCAGCUGUUAAUCACCAACAAGUCAAUGGUUUCGAUGUUAACCUUGGUGCCAUUCCUCUACAUGUUGUGGAAGAAGCGCAUCGAGAAGACAUGGUACAGGAGAUCAGCGAACUGGUUCACAGGCAACUUGUUACGUCUACACUAGGCGGAAACUUCCGCACCACCCUGGAGCUCACUAUGAGGGAUCACCUCAACACAACAGACACUGACGGACAAAGAGUUCAGGAAUUCAUACAGUCUCUACAACCCACACAACCGAUCAUCCGAAACGACUUUUCUCACCUUGGACUGCCACCCCAGCAACAAGGAGCAGAUAACUGGGACAAUAUUUCUGUCACUAGCGUCAGUGCUCAAGCAGUGCCUUACACACAGUCCAACCUGUACCUGAGUAGAGAGAUGACCAGUCUGAAAGCCCAGGUAGAAGAAAUGAAGAACAUGCUCAAAGUCAGCUUUGACCUUCAACUGGACAUUCAGCGGGCCAUUCGACAGGAAGUGGCAGCGGCCAUGUCUGAAAAGUCAGAUGGAACUCGUGAGACUGCCACUUCUCGACGUUCUCGGCCAGUCAGCGACUCCCACUGUCUGAUAUGUCUGGACAAAUUCUCUGACUCUGUUCUCUACCAGUGUGGUCACAUGUGCGUUUGUUAUGGCUGUGGGCGACAACUCAUGUCCCGAGGGUCUAACUGCCCGGUAUGUCGAGCACCAAUCAAAGACAUCAUUAGGGCCUACAGGUGCAACUCCGACUGAAGUGAUGAGCAGGUGUAAAAUUUGAACUAAAGACAGCAAGCUAAAAUGUAGCUUACCACAUCUAUGUGGAACAUAUAGCCAUUCAUAGGAGUCCUUUAACUAGCAUCAUGUGAAGCUAACAGAACAUCAUACAUUACAAGUCACAUUGAAUGCGACUGAACUUGAUGGUCCAUUUCUCUCAUUCACAUAUCACCUAUCAAUUCAGAUGUGAUGGUCUGUGCAGGGGUUGAGACUAAUGUUAGUCCUGUAGUUCGAGUCAAGUGAAAUUUGCAGGACUACUACAUGUAGUCGUUGACAGUAAGCUGGCGUAGUCAAGUGAUCGAGAUGGACGGCUAUAUCACAAUGAGAAUUACAGAUUAACUCAUUCAAGAAUCUAGGAUCUGGUGUCAAUCAUAAAUUAAAAGACUUACCACUGUGUAAUUAUGUAUCAGCCUUAUAGGGCUCUGGUGCUUUACCUUACACCACCGAGACAUCCCAAGAUGGAGGACGUCACCUGUCCUCAAAGGAAAAAGACAAAUAUUUGGGAUUUCAGAAAUGACUUGUCAUAACAUACUGAUACUGCAAUUAUCCUCAAUAGAAGCAUUCUCAUUAAAUCAGAUCAUUAGCUUUAAAUCAUUUGCAUGGUUUGUAAUGAUGAAUGAACCUCUAUGUUAUGUUUGCAUCUUACUUAAACACCUUUAAAUAACCCCUAUUUAACAGUCUCAGUUUAAGUGAUUUCUGAUUUAGCUAUAGGUGUCUAAUUACCUGGUACUGUCCAGUGAAUUGACAACUGUCCAUUAUUUUUAAAACUGGACAGCGACUGCCCUGUAUUAACAAUAAUUGACAGUAAUUGUAAAUAACUUAUUGGACACCCACAGGUAACUUACUAGAUUGUACAUGUUUAAGUUUUCUAUGCAAAAACCUAAAAUAACGAAGGAUUCUAUAACAAAAAUAUGAUUUGCCAUUUAUUUUGUAACAUGCAUUGCAUUACAUGAACAAUAUGAAAACAUGCAUGCACUGAU